AUGGAAAAAGAAACAAAUCGCAAGGCACCGGUCCGUUCUCACCAUGGCUGCACAAAUUGCCGCCGAAGCAAAGUCAAAUGCGACGAGCAAAAGCCAAGCUGCACCCGGUGCUGGCAAAAAAACCUGCAGUGCACCAGUACCUAUCAACUGAAAUGGGAGUCCGAUUACCGGUAUCGCGGAGUCGCCUUUGGCAGAUCGGGGCGCUGGGGGAAAAACUCACCUGAAAAUCGGCAGACCCCAAGCCCAACGGGAUCAAGUCCAUCUUUCCCGGAAGAGGCUACAUGGCUGGUAACCCCACCAGUCGAUACCUGGACAUUUCUCAAUAAUGAUGUGUCUCUAAUCCAACGACUGUGUGACGAGGAAGAAACACAUACCGAGCCACAUCUCUUGCCGGCUUUCAAUGCCAAGCAGGUCAUUGGCGAACAAGGACCGCGCGGAUCAAGAUCACCAUCCACGAGGCCAACGUCUGGGAUCGCAAAACCUUUAAACAUGAACGAGGUGCUACUGCAGAACCUUCAACCUCCCCUCUCCCUAUUCCCAUCCCUAGACACACUAGGAAACCGAGUGUUAUUCGACUAUUAUAUCAACCAAGUAUGUCCACGAACAGUACAUAAUCCGCAUUCCCAAUCCCCAUUUGCAUCCGUCAUUCUUCCAUACUGUGUAUCAGCCUCGCCAACAGUCCUACGAGCCAUCCAAGCUUUGGCCGCAUGCCAUUGGUCCCAAUAUGACCCCCAAUACAGCAACAUCAGCCUACAAUUAAAGUCGCGGGUUCUAAACACCUUCCGAAAACGAAUCAACACGGAACCUACCUCCCUGGUAGCAGACGAUCCCGAAGUCUUGGUCAUUGUCAUGUUCCUUUGUCUCUUCGACAUUGUGGAUGAUUGCGAUAAACAAUGGAUUGUCCAUCUCCAAGGAGCAAAGGACAUAAUUCGACUUCGACGAAAACAACAACGCCUCAUAGCAGAAAAGAACGAAAAUGAUAGCGCAGGUAGCCCACAAGACCCGGUAUCAUCCUUUACAGAACUAUUCUUCGCCUUCCAAGACGUCAUGGGCCGAACAGCAUGCGCCAAAGCAGAUCUUUUCGGAUCGAGCUACUGGCACGAAGACGACACCACCAUAAAUUCAUGGAUGGGAUGCAGCCCAGCCCUCGUCUCAAUUAUAUUCGCCGUCAUGGAUCUAAGCCGGUCACGCCGGGCCCUAGUCUCCAACGAAGACCAGCUAAAUUUCAGCACUCGAGCGUCUGCACUAAACAAGAGACUCGACACCCUCAGACAAGGGUCUCACACCGCCGGAAAAGAAGACCAGACCAUCUGCAAAAUCGCCGAAUUAAAACGACUCACCAGUACCGCCUACCUGAACUGUGCACUAUACGGCGCGCACCCAGCAGAAGACACGACAAAGACCUACGUCCGAACGAUACUGAGAGAAGUCGUCGAGCUGCUGGCUCAGGAAUCAGCCUGCCAUGUCAUAUGGCCUCUCUUCGUUGCUGCUGUCGAGCUGGAUCCGCUUGAUUUUGAGCUCUGGACCGAUCCGGAGACUGGAUUUGUAACUGAUGGCAGGAGGCUUGUCUUGGAGCUGCUCGAUCGCAUGGCGAAGAAUAGUGUGUCGAGUGUGUCGCGCACGCGCGCGGUUAUUGAGCAGGUUUGGAAAUCGAGGGACUUUGAUCUUUUGAAGACUGCCAAGCUGAAAAGGGGGCCUAUUGCGGCUUUGAAUGAUUGGGAAAGAUACGUUGUUCCGUUCAGUGAUGCUUUGAGUCUGGUAUAG